CAGCAGAUAGACCCACAAGUCUUCACCGGAUCUUUCAAGAGAUGGAGGAGGACAGCAAUGUUUCACUCAUCCCCUAUGCAAAGCGGUCCAAGAUGGUGAGCAGAAACACACUGGAAAAGGACCCCAACAUGGCCAGUGCUGACUGUUCCCAUAGCGACUUUUGGGACAGGCUCAUCCGACAGCAAAGCUCCCACUGGAUGGACGAAUACCACGAGGCACCGUCCCUGCUGAUGUCUGGCUGUGUUGCUGAAAGGCCUGUUGAGGCAGAAGGAGGCCCUUUUCACUGGCAGGUGCUUUCCGCAGAGCAGAAACUGCCAUCACCCAAGGAACUGUGUCGGAGGAAGAAAAAGGGGGCCAAACAGCAAAGGCUGGAGAAAGGCGGUGUCUUGUCCGUCUGCUAUCAUCUGGAGGAACUGAAGAGACGGCAAAGCAGCAUCGACGAGCUGAAGAAGGCUAAAUGGGGUGGGCAUCUACACCAGCCGUUUCAUGAAGGAGACAACAGUGUCACUGGUUCGCACCGCGGAAUGCCAUGGAGCCCCUUCGGCAUCCCGGGCUCUGCUGCCCACUUCUAUGAAGAAAAAGAGGACCUGGUCUUCCAGAGACACAGUGAUGAACAGGCUGUGUAUCCUGAGUGGAACUCUGGCGCAAGAGCGCAGCAGAGGAUUCCUCCAGAAAGCCCCAUCUUCUCCUACACCAUGGCUGCCCUAGGCAGGCGUCCGGUGGCAGCAGCCUGCAAGGCUGAGGAAGACUUUGAAGGAUUCCACCUUCUGUCAGAGGAAUGAUCCUGCAACACAGCCAGCUACAAAGGCAGAAAAGUUCUUCCCAAAGUGCUGGCAGUCUGCGUGGGAGGGAAUCUGUUACAAGCAUCCCUUUUGGGCUGCAGUUGAUCUGGGCAUGCAGAAGUAUCCAAAGGUACCAGGCAGAAACGGGAAACUGAGGCGUGGGAGGAAGGCUCUGUCA